AUGCUAAUAACGGGAGGAGUCACCAGUGCCAAGUCUGGGUGCUGUUGCUGCAACUACCAGGGCAAAGAGCCGAAGUUUGGAACAAGAACAAAGCGACCGGCGGAUCCACCCAUUGCCUUCCACCGCUCAGCAGUGUUGCAUGCUCACUGGCGUGGAGAGGCAUGCAAGGCUGAGGUAAAGGGAGCGGGCAACGUCAGGCGGUAUUCUCUGGUGGCCAUCUCAGCCAAGUCCCUCGGUCCUUCCGUCCUGAUGGAGUCGUGCUUCAGACGCGCUAAGGUUCUCCUUUAUGUCUGGCUCCCGCAAGCACUGUUUUCGUGCAACGCGGCGGCGCAGAUCAGCCCAAGUACCGCCCUUAGCCAGUCAAGGAACGGCAGCAGUGCAGUACCUCGGAAAGAAGAUCCUAGUGCCCUGGGAGAGCAGGUGUUUGGAACAUUGGUUUAUAACUCUUCAUCUACCACAGGCUCAUCUUCAAGGGACAGAAGAUUUCGCACCAUAAUCUGUGAAUCACCCAAUUCAUUCACAUGCUUUAAUGGAGGUGAGUGUGUGCACUGGCAGUUGUGUGACUGUAGUCGGUACAAUGCAACUGGAACAAGAUGUCAGAUAGUUUAUAAUACAGGAGCAGAACGAGACAAUAUAUGCCGAACAUGGGGACAAUACCAUUAUGAAACCUUUGAUGGGCUUUACUAUUUUUUCUCUGGGAAGUCUACAUAUGUUCUUGUGAGGCAGAAUGAAAUGGAUGAGCAGAGCUUCUCUAUACAGGUACAUAAUGAUCCAGAGUGCAGUUCUUCUCACUAUUCUUGUAAACGAUCUGUUAGUUUAUACUUUUCUGGAGAUGGGGAAAUCAGAUUAAGUAACGAAGUAACUUACAGAGGAACUGGAAUCCAGUUACCAUAUACCAUAGGAAAUCUGUAUAUUCAAAAACUAGCUGGAUAUGUCAUUAUUAGACACCAGUAUGCAUUUUCUCUGGCUUGGGAUGGUGCAUCGGCUGUUUAUAUUAAGAUGGCUCCUGACUAUUUGGGAAAAACUCAGGGUUUGUGUGGAAACAACAAUGCCAUUUUGCAAGAUGAGCUUGUUACGAGUUAUGGUACACUUACAGAAGACAUUGAAGAAUUUGUAGAAAGCUGGAGAGAAAAUCCUCCCCAGGAGAAUAUUCUCUUUUGGGAUACUUCUUUUAACUAUGAGCCACCCUGUUUGACUCAAACACGAGCAUUUUUACAGAGAUCUUACAAGUUAUGCAAUGUGCUACUCCGCACCCCCUUCAAGCAGUGUCAUGAAUUUGUGAGCCCAUACCCUUUCAUGGCCAGUUGUACCAAUGACUUGUGUAUGUCAGCAGUUGGUAAUGCAACUUGGUGUCGAGCAUUAACAGAAUAUGCAAGGGCUUGUGCUCAAGCAGGAAAACCUCUUCAUAAGUGGCGGGCAGAGUUUGAGCAAUGUGCUGUUGUAUGUGAGGAACAUCUUAUCUACAAUGAAUGUAUCAACUGUUGCCCUGUUUCAUGUCAGCAAAAAACUCAUUGUGUUGACAGUGAACUUCCGUGUGUUGAUGGAUGCUACUGUCCAGAUGGACUUAUUUAUGAAAACAGAUUAUGUGUAAACCCUACAGAAUGUCCUUGCGAUUACCAUGGAACUGUUCAUAGAACUGGUUCUGUGAUUCAUGAAGAAUGCAACAACUGCACAUGUGUUGGAGGAAAGUGGAUUUGCACAAAUCUUACCUGUCCAGCUGAAUGUUCAGUCUCAGGAGAUAUUCACUUCAUGACAUUUGAUGGACGCAAAUACGAAUUUCAAGCUACUUGCCAGUAUAUUCUGGCAAAAAGCCUCACCUCUAGCAAAUUUGCUGUGACUCUGCAGAAUGCUCCUUGUGGACAGAAUCAAGAUGGAGCUUGUAUCCAAUCAGUCAGUAUUAUACUUGACCAGGACCCCAAAAGGCAAGUGACUUUGACCCAUUCAGGAGACGUUUUGGUAUAUGACCAGUACAAAAUUAAUCUGCCUUAUAUUGAUGAUUCUUUUGAAAUAUGGAAACUUUCUUCUGUAUUUUUGCAAAUAAAGUCAUAUAUUGGAUUACGCAUAUUAUAUGACUGGGAGGGCUUGAGACUUUAUCUCCAAGCUGAUGCUAGAUGGAAAGAUAACACUGUGGGGCUUUGUGGAACCUUUAAUGGAAACACUGAAGAUGAUUUUCUAUCUCCAGUAGGAGUAACAGAAAGUACACCUCAGCUUUUUGGAAAUGCCUGGAAAACGUCGUCAGCCUGUGGUCCUGAGCAUGAUAGUUCAUCACCAGUGGAUCCAUGUGAUGUUCACCUACAAGCAGCCUCUUAUUCAACAGAAGCAUGCAGCGUCAUUACGAAAGAUCUCUUUGCUACAUGCUUUUCCUAUCUGAGCCCUCUUCCCUAUUUUGAACAGUGCAGAAGAGAUACCUGUAAAUGUGGGCAGAUCUGUAUGUGUUCUGCUCUAGCUCAUUAUGCUCAUCAGUGUCGCAGAUUUGGAGUAGUGAUAGACUUUCGGAGUAAUGUCCCAGAAUGUGCUCUUUCAUGUGAAGAUACAAAGGAGUACAGUACCUGUGUGUCUACCUGUGGCAAAACCUGCCAAGCAUUAUCCAUGCCAGAGACGUGCAGAGGUGAUUGUGCUGAAGGCUGCACCUGUCCUCCUGGAAUGUACCUGAACAGCAAAACUGACAGAUGUGUACAACAAAGUGAAUGCCCCUGCUAUUUCCAGGGUAUUGUCUAUCCACCUGGAGAAAAAAUAGUGACAUCUUUUGGAAAAUGCCACUGCAGAGAUGGAGUGAUGAGCUGUGAGGACAGCAACAUUGUUCGUGACUGCCCAGAUGAGCAAAUCUACGUGAACUGUAGUAAUCCACAGACCAUGGAACUUGGCAGGGAAAGAACAUGUGAAAAUCAGCUGCUGAACCUCAGCAUUUUUACUCAUCUACCUUGUUUUUCAGGAUGCAUAUGUCCUCAGGGCCUUGUUAAACACGGUGAUACAUGCUUCAAGCCAGAUGAGUGUCCAUGUUCUUGGAAAGGCAAAGAAUACUUUCCUGGAGACAAAGUAGUUUCUUCAUGCCAUACCUGUAUCUGCCAUCAUGGGUCAUUUGAAUGCACUUUCCACCCUUGCCCGUCAAUGUGUACUACAUACGGAGAUCGCCAUUAUAGGACUUUUGAUGGCCUUUCUUUUGAUUAUAUUGGAAAUUGCAAGGUUUAUCUGGUUAAGAGUUCCUCAGUUACAAGCUUCUCAGUCAUCAUAGAAAAUCUUAAUUGCUUUAACACUGGAAUAAUUUGCAGAAAGUAUAUUUUCAUUAAUGUUGGAAAAUCAUUCAUAAUAUUUGAUGAUGAUACUGGAGAUCCGAGUCCUUUGAGUUACAUAGACAAACUGCAACAAAUACAUAUAUGGAAAGCUGGAUUUUUCACACUCGUUCAUUUUCCUCAUGAACACAUCACAGUAAUGUGGGAUCAACGAACAACUCUUCAUGUACAGACAGGCCCACAAUGGCAGGGUGAGCUGACUGGAUUAUGUGGGAAUUUUGAUUCAAAAACAGUAAAUGAAAUGAGGACUCCUGAAAAUUUUGAAUUAACGAAUGCACAAGAAUUUGGAAGCAGCUGGGCAGCUGUAGAGUGUGUUGACAGCUCUGACAUUCGGCAUCCAUGCAUUUUAAAUCCACUCAGAGAACCAUUUGCCAAGAAAGAAUGUGGGAUAUUACUAAGUGAAGUAUUUGAGUCUUGCCAUCCAGUGGUUGAUGUCACCUGGUUUUAUUCAAACUGCUUGAUGGACACAUGUGGUUGUAACCAGGGAGGGGACUGUGAAUGUUUCUGUACAAGUGUAUCAGCCUAUGCACAUCAGUGUUGUCAACAAGGAGUUACAGUAGACUGGAGAUCCCCUAGACUAUGUCCUUAUGACUGUGAAUAUGCCAAUAAGGUUCUUGGAAGAGGUCCCUACAAGUUGGUCAGCUACUUAGACAGAGAAGUUGUAAUUACAGCCAAACUGCUGGAUGGUUCUGUUUUUCUUACAAAAGGAGAUGGCAUUUCUUCUGGGGAAUCAGUGAACUUUAUGCUAACCUCGGGAUUAUAUAAACCCAAAGCACAUGAUCCAAAUCUGGUUUCAUUUGAAACUGCUGACAGGCCAAAUUAUUUUCUUCAUUUGGCUUCCAGUGGUACCCUAGUUCUUUCAAAGUGGGAAAGAAGUGAAAGUUUUCACAAUAGAUCAACGUUUGCCAUUCAUAAGAACACUUGGCUCCAGGGAUACAGUUCCUUUGAGUCAUUUGCAGUACAAGGAGCCUUCAUUAGCAUUUCAGGCUCUUCUGUGAAUGUUGUUAAAUACCAACAUUCUGAGGCAUUCAGACUUUCCACACUUUUUAAACUUGUAGAUACAAAAUUUAACCCUGCAGCUCACUCAACAUGUGAAUGGCGCUAUGAUGUCUGUACAAGUCCUUGUUUCCAAACGUGCAGAGAUCCUUUGGCAGAGCACUGUCAGGCAGUACCAAAAGUGGAAGGAUGUGUGCCCAUGUGUCCUUCAUAUAUGGUUCUGGAUGAAGUGACUCAACGAUGUGUCUAUUUUGAAGACUCUACAACAUCAAAACCUGAUAUUCUUUCUACAAAAUUCUCUGUUUAUUCCCCACUGAUACAGCUGAACCAGACAGAACAUGUGACUGCUUUACAAACCCAGUAUCCUGCUGUAACUCAUACCAUAACAGCUAUACCUUCCUCUACAAAAGUAAUCUCUAAAAUGACAGUUCUCCCAGAAUCCCCAAUACUCACUACAGCAUCUCAGAAGACGUCUACAGAAUACAAAGCACCGUUGUUCCUAAAAACUACAAAGAUGGGUGCUGUACCACAGCCUGUCAGUGUGACAAAAUCUGAUUUCACAAAAGAAUUCACAGAUAAGGCUGUCACAGGUCUGCUAGUAACUAAAAAAAUUGAAGCAGUUCAAAUAACUGGUUAUUCAUUUUCUCCAGAUACUAUGACAACAGGUCUUGGUACAACACAAUCAGAAAAACUAACUAGUUUACCUACGACAAAACCUCCCGCUACUUUGAUUCCAACUAGUUUAGUAACUCCAUUUCCUGAAGCUCGAGCUACAGUGGCUGCUACCCUACAACCAAAAACAACAAAAACUACAUCAUUUUUUUCAGUGUUUCCCCUUACAACAGAGCUACGAGGCACAGUAGCCUCAAGAUCAACUCCAGAAUUGACAGCUUUAAAUGACACUGGUGUUACUUUAUCUCCAUACACUGAAUUUAGCAGCCAGUUAGUAACUGUCAAAGAAGUAGCAUCAACUAAAGGAAUAUCAACUUUCUCUACCUCUAUUACUUUUCCUCUAACAUCACUUUCUACUACACUGUACCUGGCCAAAACAACAGUUUCCCCAUAUACUUUAACACGAAAAAUGCCUGAGAUUCCAGCCACAGCAAAACAGCCAAUCGAGACAAAAAUGCCAUCCACAACUCCAGAGGCUACACAUUCUGUUCCAACUUCUCCAUUGGAAAGGGUUUUUUCCCAUGUGAAAGAAGAAUUCUCUGUUCCAUAUUUGAUGACCAAAACAACUGGGAAGGAUGACUUUUCAUCAGCUUCAAAAGCUUACUUAACAACCAAAGGAACCACUACAGGCUACCAGUUUUCAGCUGAAGUGGCAAAGACUAGUAUCCACCCCAAAAGUGCUUUUAGCACAAUUGAGUCAGCAGUCAAAGUUGAAACAUUGUUUCCCCUUCAAAGCACUUUAGAACCAGUGGUUGCUCCUUCAGCUAUAUCAGUUAUUUCAGUAUUUUCAACAAAAGUUCCUUUAACAAGUAAAAAAGAAAUACCACAGACUGCAAAAGCUGAUACAGGUCUUCGGACAACUUUACUUACAUCAACCAGAAAAACUACUGAUUUGAUUUCCACCAAAAGACCUCUGUUUGCUACAUCUAAAGUUACUGCACUGUCAGAAACUAGUUCACCUACAACAAAGCAAGCAUUAAAUCUUACAAAGUCUAGUACUUUAUCAGAGUCAACACUAUCUUCAUUUUUUACACUGGAAGCAUCAGAAACUUCAGCUGUGAGUCAAACAGAGUUACAAGUGGGGGCAUUUUUAACCCCAGGAAUAUCAACAACAAUCACAUCACUGGGCAAAAGUGCUACAGAGAAGAUUUCAGUUUCCAAGCAAGUGCCACAUUCUGCUGUUUCCUAUAGUUCAACAUUACCCACACAAACUACCCCACAUUUUACAACUGAAUCAGCACCUCUGGAAAUAAGUAGCCUCACAACACAGGGUGUCACAAAAUCAUUAGCAGAGAAAACAGCAGGGAUAAGAGAACCUAUUACAACAUCCUUAUUUUCAGUGUCUUCUGUUGCUCUGGAAACAAAGAGUGUUAGCUCAACAGUAGCAGAGACUGAUAGACAGGCACUGCUUACAAAGCUUCCUGAACUGCAUUUGCCCUCCAAGCAGUCACCUUCCUUUCCUUCACUUGGCCCUACCAGCUUAACCACAACACUUGAGACACCAUCGGCAGUAGAAGUGCUCACAUCUUCACCAAGCUCAUUACCAGUAUUACUAGUCUUUCCAAAUGCCACGUCCAUUCCCACUUAUUUAUCUACCAAGCCAAUUUAUAAGUCUACAACAGAAAAUUCCACGGAAUUAACAACAGUUGAAGCUGCUUCUGCAGUUACAGCAUCUCUUAUCACGCCCUCUAGAGAAACAGCAACAUUACCAGCAUGUGUUCCUAUUUCAGAGAAUGAAUGCAUAAAAUACAUUUGCUUGGAUGGACAACUAAUCCAAGUUAAUAAAUCACAGAACUGCCCAUACAAUGCAACCCAGCCCAGCUGUGGAUUUCUAGGAUUUGCUGUCCAAAUUAAUGGAGAUAAAUGUUGUCCUAAAUGGGAAUGUGCAUGUCGUUGCACAUUCUUCUCUGAUCUGAGCUAUAUCACUUUUGAUGGGCACCAUUUGGCUUUAUUUAAGGAAGCAUCCUAUAUUAUCACUCAAAAUUCAGAUGAAACUAUAAGCAUCCAUGUAACUGCCUGCAGAAAUAUGCAUAUGGGCAUUUUAGCCUCUAAUAAGCUGUGUCUGGCAUCGUUGAAUUUGACAUAUUCAUCUAACCAGAUUAUUGUUGAUCAUUUAAACAGAAAGAUAGCAGUAAACUCAAGAUAUGCAUGGCCUACAGUUAGGAAAUAUGGUUUUAAAAUUGAGGACACUGGUUUCAUGUAUUUUAUUGAAACCCCCACAAGUAUUAAAAUUCAGUGGUUUCACACCACUGGGCUGAUGGUAAUACAGCUUAAUGCAACCAGCGAUCCAAAAGCAAAUGGACUGUGUGGUUUUUGUGAUGGAAACUCAGCAAAUGACCUCAUGCUACCUAACAGGACUGUUGUAAGCUCUGUGGAUGCUUCAGUUAUCUUUACAGAUAGCUGGCAGGUGCCAGACACAUUGAAGUAUGUUGGAGAAUCUAGAAGCCGUGAAACAAACUGUUCCAUCACAGACUGUUCAUCUUGUAUAAAUAUGUUGUUGAACCAGACUUUCAGCAGCUGCCAUCCUUAUGUUUCUCCAGAUUCUUUUUGCGAUUUGUGGGUCCAAGAUACAGAAUAUAUUCAGAAUCCAUGUGUAGCAUUGGCUGCCUAUGUAUCCAUGUGUAACAAAUUUAAUAUCUGCAUAGAAUGGAGGCAUUCCAAUUACUGUCCACUUCCCUGCUCAGAAGGUUUGCUUUAUAAGGCCUGUAUAUCUGCCUGCAAUGCACCAAUUACUUGUCAGAAUAUGGACCCAGUACCUCAGGAUUCAGAGUCUUGUUUAAUACUGACAGAGGGAUGUGUCUGUGCAGAAGGAACCAUCCUUCACCGUGCUCAUUCUGCUCUGUGCAUUCCUGAAGAGAAGUGUGCUUGUACAGACAUCUCUGGAGUGCCCCGUGCGCUGGGUGAGACUUGGAAAACCUCCCUUAGUGGAUGCUGCAUGUACAAAUGUGUUGACAAUGAGACUAUUACUCCCGUGGAGUACAAUUGUUCAGUUAGUCACGAUGCUGAAUGCAAGCACUUUGGAGAAGUGGCCUUAAUUGUACCUGAUGAUCAGACUUGCUGUCCUCAGAAAGUCUGUACUUGUAAUCAAAGCCUCUGUGAAACAUUUAUUCCGGAAUGCAAAAGUCUAGAGAAACUAGCUACUUAUUACCGUGAUGAUUCUUGCUGUCCCAGUUAUACUUGUGAAUGUGAUCCAGCAAAAUGUGAGUCCAUGGAACAAAUUCCAAACUGUCAACCAGAUCAAACCCUGAUUGCUGCUCAUGUUGAAGGCACCUGCUGUGUAUCCUAUAUAUGUGCAUGUGGUGUUUGCUCUGAUCAGAUUCCAAGGUGCCAGGAAGGAGAAGUCCUUACUGUGGAUGGCAAUACUACAGACAAGUGUUGCCCUUCUUAUCAGUGUGUUUGUGAAACCUACCGUUGUCCUGAAUUCAAAUGUGUUUUCGGGAUGUCCUUAGUAGAAGUGUGGAGUCCAGAAAAGUGCUGUCCAUAUCGUACAUGUGAGUGUGCAUGUGAUACAAUUUCUAGGCCUCAGUGUAAACUGGGAGAGAAACUGAUCAUAGAUGAGCAAUUCCAGAACAGCACGGAAAAUGUUUGUCACUGCACUAAGUACAAAUGUUGUAAAGACAAAGUGUGCCUGAACCACGAGAGAGGCGUUCUGCUUCCAGGACAGUCCAUUGUUGAACACACACCUGAUGGUGUUUGUUAUACUUCCUACUGCACAAAUGUCAUUGAUCCUGUUACCAAAUACUUUCGGAUAAAUACUGCCUCUGUAGAUUGUGCAGCAAGGUGCAAAUCUAACCAGAUAUAUGAACCCCCAAAAGAUUUAACAACCUGCUGUGGACAAUGCAAAAAUAUUUCUUGUGUUCACACUUUUAGCAAUGGAACAGUUUCACUUUUUAAGCCUGGUACAAGCUGGGUUUCGAACUGUGUUAGAUAUGACUGCACAAACACACCAGUUGGACCUGUACUUAUUACAUCUUCCAUCAGCUGUCCCCCCUUUAAUGAAACAGAGUGUGUGAAGGUUGGAGGAUAUAUUGUACCAUUCCUAGAUGGAUGCUGCAAAACAUGCAAGGAAGAUGGAAAAUUCUGUAAAAAGGUCACUGUUAGGAUGACAAUACGCAAGAAUGACUGCCGAAGUAAUACCCCAGUAAACAUUGUGUCUUGUGAUGGAAAGUGCCCUUCAGCCAGUAUAUAUAAUUAUAACAUCAAUACAUAUGCAAGAUUCUGCAAAUGCUGUAGAGAACUUGGACUACAUAGACGAAAUGUGCAACUGUAUUGUAGUAGCAACUCCACCUGGGUCAGCUACACUAUUCAAGAACCCACAGACUGUUCUUGCCAGUGGUCAUGAGAUGAUGCUAAAAGAAGUCAUGAAAUUAAUUUUACUCCCAUAAUUAUAAACAAUAACAUUGACAUCUCAUCUUUUGAAAAUGCAAUUAUCUACAGUUAUAAA